UGGAGCUUGCUCAAAGUGCUUCACGAGCCAUUCUAACCGACAGCAUUCCAAUUGGGAAGCGCGAAGGCAUUUUUGUGACGCAGUGGGUUUGCUUCCUUGCAGGCUCAGCCACCGGGCCGUUUCUCGCAGCAGCAGUCGUCAUCGUUUCAGAGAGCACAGAACAGGCACACUCCAUCCAAACCGACGAGCUUCCUGUGAAGUUUGCCCUUCUAUGUGGUUUGAUAGUGGUGAUUCCUGCAGCAAUAUUCAUAUUCAACUUCGGUGAUCCGCUUGCUGCAGAAGUUGAAAGUAGAGGACGGAGUGGAGAUGUUGUGACUGUGAAUGUUGUGAAGCAUGUUGCGAAGCCAUGCAAGUUGUUAUGCUGCGCCGGUCGUGUGGUGCCCAUGUUGUGCUUGACCUUCUCUCUCUCUCGACCACGUGUGCAGGUGGCAUGAUGGUUCCUUUUUUUGACCCUUUCUUCGUGAAGGAUGUGCACUUGUCGUUCGUCCAGGUCAACCUGCUGGAAGGCUUCUCCAUUUUCUUCAUUUCUGUAUGCAGCAAAGCUGCGCUUUGGAUCUCAAGGUAUUGUGGGCGAGCCAUCACUAUGCUUUGCUUUUUCACAGUGUGUACCGGAUUGACUUUCUCACUUUCCUUCAAGCUGCCAGCGCCAAUACUGGUAGCUGUUUUCCUGUUCCGUCGCGGUAUUGGACCAAAUUGCCUCAAGCCACUCAACGAUUCCAUUGUUGCCGAUUACACAAACUCAACGCGGCGCGGCAUGUGGAACGCUCUGUUGAGCCUAGGAAUGGCAGGCUGGGCUGGAGCUGCGUUGCUCGGUGGUGUCAUGGCAGAUGCACAUGGCUACACUUUUGUCUUUUUCAUCACAUCAUUGAUCUAUGCCGGAUCUCUUUGCUUCCUUGUGCCUUUGGUAGGAUUGGUACCGCGCAAAGUGGACACAGCCGCUGAGAAUACCAGCCCUUCAACAGGCACUGACACCUCAGAAAGCUCCUCUUGAAUCGCUUUGAAGCGGCCACUCCAGAGUUCUUCGAUGUUCAUUGAGCUAUAUGUUGGAGCGACUUCAAACUGUGUUUAAUUACUUUGUAAAACAGUUUUGUGCCUUGCACAGUUCACCUGGCCGCAGAGAGGUAAGCGCCUACACAUACAAGGGAAGCAACCAUUGUUUAUCCAA